AUGGCUGCCACCGAUCACGACGAGGACACGAUCUAUGCUUCCGCAGGCUUGUGUUCCAACCUUCUUGAUCACAUCCUGGAGAGAGCCAAGAAUGAGAGGGAAAGCCUCCUGCUUAUUGAAGAGUUGAGGGGGCGCUUCAGCCUCUGGGCAAGGUAUGUUGGGGUUUUUGCAGCACAACGAGCAUCUCUGGAUGCUCGGCUGGAUCCACAUCCAGACAUAAAAGACAUGGUCAUCGAGUUGCUUGACAUGGUGCGCAGAAAUCUACAGUGGGAAUCUGAAAGCACUCCAGAGGCCAGCACGAAUGACGCUUCGACGACUGGUAGUCAAAGCGACGAGACCGACAUACCGGACAUAGCGCAGCCAGGUCUGAGCGCGGCAGCCGCAGCCAUCGAUAGACUUAUUGUCUUAGGAGCUUCGAUACGUCGGUCAGGGCGACAAAGUCAUCGAUCGCAGGGUUUUACAGUCUCUGCUGGACGAGAAGAGUCAUUGUGCGGUUUGCUCGUCCGCAAGAGGUUUCCGCACGCGCAGAAAAGCCUCUGCGACCAGAUCGGUGCCUCCAUACACGUUCGUGGGAUAUCAUUUCGAUAUUUAAAGAAACACAACGACAAGCUUGCGUAUCAACGAGACGCCUUCGGGGAGCCUGCAGCGACGAUAAUAGGCGGAGAAGCUGGCGAGCUGCAAGACCAAGGAACGAACGUAUUUCAUGAUCAGAAGCAUAGAAGCCAGCAGGCGCCUACCACAGUUGAAACUCUGCCUUCGCGUGUCUCGGCGUCUAAAGUUUCCCGGAGUAAGAAGCCAACUGCGUCUAUUAUUAGCAGAGGUUCGACAGUCCAAGAGGCUCAAGAGACAUCUUUCUACUAUCCUCCUAAGCCACAGCCACGGCUAGGAGAGAAGUUCAUCUCAUGCCCAAUCUGUUCUGAACCACUGGAAAAAGAAGAGUUGACAAAAGAGUCUUGGUGGGCUCAUGUUGAUCACGACCUCGAACCAUACAUUUGCCUCUCAGAAGAAUGCAAAGAGCCGCUUCGCUUCUUUGUACGCCAGCGAGAAUGGGCGGAACAUAUGCAGACACGACAUACCAUGACUUGGACCCAACAGGUUCACACCGAGAAGUGGUACUGUGACAUAGGCCAUAGCGACGCAUUAGAGUUUGACGAAAAGGAGCCAUUUCUCACUCAUUUAAAAGCCGAACAUGGUGAGACGCUCUCGAAAUCCCAGCUCCAGGGUCGAGCAAGACGCAACCGGAGAGUGGCCAUUAGGGAUCCAUUUAUAUGUCCUCUCUGCGACUGUGUACCGGAGGCCCUCGUGCCUUAUGUGAGCGAAAGACCAUAUAAGCAGCUUUCAGAGCAUAUCGCACAGCAUCUCAAGUCACUAGCUUUUCUCUCGUUGUCAUAUGUACAGGACAGUCUUGAUGACGUGCAAGGCGAGACGGAAAGUUCGCGUGACGACAGAACCAGCACGGAUGCGCGAAACUCCAGAGAUCCUCAGCAGCAUUAUGAUUUGGAAUCUUUGGGAGAUAUUCCUGAGACGAUGAACACCUCAGAUGGCAAGCGAAGAGUGGAUGGGCUGGAGUUCGAUAACGGCGGACUGCCCGAGCUUGGGGAGCCAGAGAAUUGGUCCUUCUUACCGGCCAAAAACCUUGAGACUGACUGGGCUCUUCUCAAGGAAGGGUUGACAAAAAAGGGCGAAAGUUCCCAGCGUGACAUUCGUGUUACCGCUGAUGCCCUCCCAAAGUAUCCCAUGAGGAUAUCACUUGACACGAGUGCUGCCCCCCGUUUUAUAAGCAAAGAACAGUGGAAGAAAAUAGCAAAGAGCACUAGAAGAAGAUAG